UAUCAUUAGCACCUCCAGUGACAUUAGGGCCGCUGCAAACAUGGAAGAUCUGGACAAGGAACAAAUUUCUAUGCUCAAGUCAACCUUUGAUGCCUUUGACGUCGACAGAAAAGGUUACAUAGAAGCUGACAUGAUUGGUACCAUCAUGGACAUGCUAGGAACCCAUGUGAUGGCAGAGGAACUAGACACCAUUGUUUCUGAAAUUGACGAGGAUGGUAAUGGGGAAGUCAGCUUUGAGGAAUUUGCAAAUUUGGCUGCCAGGUUCUUGGUGGAGGAAGAGGAUGAAGACACUGAGGCCAUACAAAUGGAACUGAAGGGUGCAUUUCGAUUGUACGACCGUGAUGGCAAUGGUUUUAUUACAAUUGAGGUGUUGAGGGAAAUCCUGAGGGAAUUGGAUGAGAAAUUAUCUGAAGACGAUUUGGACAACAUGGUUGAUGAAAUUGACACUGACGGAUCUGGUACUGUUGAUUGGGAAGAGUUCAAAGCUGUAAUGAUCGGUUAAUUUUUAAAUCAGACACAUCAUGUAUAGCCCCUUGUAGAAUGUUUAAGGUUUUUCACCAUUUUUCAAUAAAAAACCUACACC